UUGGGUGAGCCAUAUGGAUUUGUCGUUGACUAUUUCUCUCUGGGAGUUAUAGUCUAUGAGAUGGCGAUUGGAAGUUAUCCAUUUGAUGGCUCAGACACUGAUUCAGAUUCCGAUCCAGGCAAUGAUUCAGAUUGUGAUGCAGACAAUGAUUCAGAUUCCGAUCCAGGCAAUGAUUCAGAUUGUGAUGCAGACAAUGAUUCAGAUUCUGAUCCAGGCAACGAUUCAGAUUCCGAUCCAGGCAACGAUUCAGAUUCCGAUCCAGGCAACGAUUCAGAUUCCGAUCCAGGCAACGAUUCAGAUUCCGAUCCAGGCAACGAUUCAGAUUCCGAUCCAGGCAACGAUUCAGAUUCCGAUCCAGGCAACGAUUCAGAUUCCGAUCCAGGCAACGAUUCAGAUUCCGAUCCAGGCAACGAUUCAGAUUCCGAUCCAGGCAAUGAUUCAGAUUUUGAUGCAGACAAUGAUUCAGAUUCUGAUCCAGGCAAUGAUUCAGGCAACGACCCAGACAAAUAUUUUGAGAACGACCCAGGCAAUGAUUUUGAGAACGACCCAGGCAAUGAUUUUGAGAACGACCCAGGCAAUGAUUUUGAGAACGACCCAGGCAAUGAUUUAGACGAAAUGUGGGAAUACUUCAUCUACAACCAAUGUGCAACUUUCCCUGAGGAUUUCAAUAUGGAACUCGAGGACCUCAUUGGGAACAAACUACUAUGCAAAUGUGCAGAAACGAGAGAGAUGUUUGUUAAAGAUCUACGGAGCCACCCAUUUUUUAAGAGCGUGGAUUGGAUGGAACUGGAGGCUGGAGAAGUAAGCCCGCCAUUUACCAUGAGCACGGUAAGUAUAUGAACCACACAUGGGUCCAAGUCAGUGCAUUGUCCAAUGUUCUGCUUUCCAUAUUCUCCCAGCACAUGAGUGUGCAGAACCAUUUGUAAUAGAAAGGCCAUCCUUGUACAUAAUAUUCAGUAAUAACGUUUCUUUUCUUCACAGUGCCCCCCAGACCUGACGACAGUGAUGACAAUGGAGGAAAUCAUAGAUCCUGCCGAACGGAAGCCUAAUUUCAAAGCAAAGCACCAGAAGCUUUUUUGUGGGUUCUCUUUCACCAGCAGCAGAUGGGGAGAAAUUGAAAGGCCACAGGUGUCAUCAGCUUCCCCUGCAAACUUUGCAGUGCUGUAAAUAAUAUUUUUAAUGCACUACCGAAGGGAUGUAAGACAUGUGACCAGCCUGAAACCAAGGAUAUACUGGGGUUUGUUCCCCCCACCCCCUUAUCUACA